UGCAACUCAUCGCACGCCCUUGCCUGUUUCCGAUCACCCGUUGCUUCGCUACACCGUGUUCCUUGCUAUCAGCGGCGCCGGUGUGUCGGCAUUCGGCAAGUCGACAGCCAUGCUGCCCUCCUGGAGCUCUUCAUCGCUGCCUGCACUUGCACCGCUGAUCCUCUUUGCGCUUCUCGCGUGCACCGCACACGGUGACCAUCUUUCGGUCAGUUACUACGACAAGACCUGUCCCAGCGUGCAGGACAUCGUGCAGUCCGUGCUGGCGUCGAAGGUCGCCGCCGAUCAGGCAAUGGCCCCCGCCGUGCUUCGCCUCUUCUUCCACGAUUGCUUUGUCAACGGGUGUGACGGCUCCGUCCUCCUGGACAGCUCGCCCUUCUUCGAAAGCGAGAAGGACGCGACGCCCAACGUCAACUCCCUCCGCGGCUUCAACGUGAUCGACGAGAUCAAGUCCCACCUCGAGCACGCCUGCCCAGCCACCGUCUCCUGUGCGGACAUCCUCGCCCUCGCAUCUCGUGACGCCGUCGCCCUGCUCGGGGGGCCGAACUGGAACGUGCCGCUCGGCCGCAAGGACUCACGCAAAGCCGACAAGGACGCCGCCGAUUACGGCCUCCCCAGACCGAACGACACCGUCACCGCGCUCAUCGACACGUUCGGAAAAUACGGCCUCGACGCGCGGGACAUGGCAGCGCUCUCCGGCGCGCACACCGUCGGCAUGGCGCAGUGCAUCAACUACAGGGACCGCGUCUACGGCUACAAUGGCGAGGGCGGCGCUGACGUUGACCCCAGGUUUGCGGAGCUCCGCAGGCAGACGUGCCAGGCCGGUGACGACGCCAAGGCGCCGUUCGACGAGCAGACCCCGAUGAGGUUCGACAACGCCUACUACAAGGACCUGGUCGCGCGCCGGGGCCUCCUCACUUCUGACCAGGCGCUGUACGGCUGCGGCGGGCCGCUGGACCAUCUUGUGGAGAUGUACAGCACGGACGGCGAGGCUUUUGCGAGGGACUUUGCCAGGGCGAUGGUGAAGAUGGGGAACAUACCCCCGCCGCCGUGGAUGCCGGUGGAGGUGAGGCUCCACUGCAGUAUGGUCAACAAUUGAUGAUACGAUGGCAAAUGCAAUCGACUCGUUGUUCCUCUACGUGUUUCUUUGCCCAUGGUGUACAUUUGUUAUUUAAUUUGUAAUGUUGCAACCAACAGUUGUGAACUGCAGGUCAAUUUAAUUUGGUAACAGUUUUUCCCUUUUUGGCAUGUUGGUCUUUGGUGAUUUUAUAUGAGAUAAUUCCUUA